AUGAAGAUGCUCACUAAGUUCGAAUCCAAGUCCUCAUCGAGGGCAAAAGGUGUGGCAUUCCACCCAACCAGACCUUGGGUGCUUGUCUCUCUUCAUUCUUCUACCAUACAAUUGUGGGAUUAUCGUAUGGGUACUUUAAUUGAUCGUUUUGAAGAACAUGACGGCCCCGUCCGUAGUGUCAAUUUCCAUCCAACCCAACCACUUUUCGUGUCCGGUGGUGAUGAUUAUACUAUCAAGGUUUGGUCCACAAUCACCCGUAAGUGUAUCUUUACCCUUUCUGGUCAUCUUGAUUACGUGCGUACUGUUUCUUUCCAUAAUGAAUUACCAUGGAUUCUUUCAACUUCUGAUGAUCAAACCAUCCGUAUUUGGAACUGGCAAAACCGUCAAGAAAUUGCGUGCUUGACUGGCCACAACCAUUACGUUAUGAGUGCUGAAUUCCAUCCUACCCAAGAUUUGAUUGUGUCUUCCUCAUUGGAUCAAACUGUUCGUGUUUGGGAUAUUAGCGGGUUGCGCAAAAAACACUCUGCUCCAUCUGGUGCCCAAGCUGCCACUAGAUCCUUCGAAGACCAAUUAUCAAGACAAAAUAUGCCUCAACAAGAUAUCUUUGGUAACACUGAUGCGGUUGUGAAGUUUGUGUUGGAAGGUCACGAUAGAGGUGUCAAUUGGGCCUCUUUUCAUCCAACAUUGCCAUUGAUUGUGUCUGGUGGUGAUGACAGAGUGGUCAAGUUAUGGCGUAUGAGUGAAACUAAGGCUUGGGAAGUUGAUACCUGCAGAGGUCAUACUAAUAAUGUGCUUGCGGUAUUAUUUCAUCCAACACAAGACCUUAUUAUUUCCGUGUCUGAAGAUAAAACUAUCCGUACCUGGGAUUUAAAUAAAAGAACUUCGAUCAAACAAUAUACCAGAGAAAACGACCGUUUCUGGUUAAUUGCUGCUCAUCCGCAGAUCAAUCUAUUCGCCGCCGCUCAUGAUUCUGGUGUAAUGGUUUUCAAAUUAGAGCGUGAAAGACCACCAAGUACAUUAUUUCAAAAUCAAUUAUUUUUUGUCAAUAAUGAAAGACAGGUUCAAACAUAUAAUUUUGACACCAAACAGGAUUCAUUACCAGUUUUGAGUCUUAAAAAGAUUGGUAAGCCAUGGACUAUGUUGAGAUCCUUGUCCUAUAAUCCAUCCGAACACUCUAUCAUCGUUACGACCGGUCCAGAAGACUCCCCAAUGUAUGCUUUGAUUCAAUUACCAAAGGAUGCUAGUGGAGCUAUUGAACCUUUGGAUAUUCGUCAAGAUGCUGCCGAUUUUGCGAUUUUCAUUGCCAGAAAUAGAUUUGUCACUUACAGUAAAGAAACUGGUAUGUUGAAUGUCAAGGAUUUGAAUAACUCAGUUACCAAAUCUAUCAAGCUUGAGGAUCCAAUUAAAGAUCUUCUUUAUGCUGGCCCAGGUCAUGUGUUAUUAUUGAAGCAGAAUUCUAUUGUUCAAUUUGAUGUUCAACAAAAAAAGGUUGUUGCUGAAUUCCAAGUUAGCAGCGUCAAAUACGUUACUUGGUCCCACGAUGGCGAAUAUCUUGCCCUUUUAUCCAAACAUACUAUCACUAUCGUCAACAAGAGAUUAGAAUUGAUUACAUCGAUGCAUGAAACCAUUCGUAUCAAGAGUGCCGCUUGGGACGAGACUGGGGUUUUGCUCUACUCCACUUUAAACCAUAUCAAAUAUACCUUGUUGAAUGGCGAUAAUGGUAUCAUCAAGACUUUGCCAAACACUGUUUACGUUGUUAAGGUCCAAGGUAAGAACGUUUUCUGCUUGACAAGAAGUGGUAAGGUUGAAACCAUUAAGAUUGAUCCAACUGAAUACCGUUUCAAGAAAGCUCUUGUCAACAAGAACUUCAAUGAAGUCUUGCGUAUCAUCAAGAACUCCACUCUUGUGGGCCAAAAUAUCAUUGCUUACUUGCAAAAGAAGGGUUAUCCAGAAAUUGCUUUACAGUUUGUUGAAGAUCCAGAAACCCGUUUUGAGUUGGCCCUUGAAAGUGGUGAUUUACAAGCUGCUCUUGCCGAAGCUCAAAAAUUGAAGUUGCCUGCUGCUUGGAAGGCUCUUGGUGAAGAAGCCCUCAAACAAGGUAAUACCCAAAUUGUUGAGCUCGUUUACCAAGAUCAAAAACAACUUGAAAAAUUAUCAUUUUUCUAUCUUAUCAAUGGUGAUUUUGAGCGUUUGCGUAAAAUGCAAACCAUUGCUGAACACCGUACUGAUAUUUCUUCAUUGAUUCAAAACUCUGUGUAUUUGAAUAGUACAGAAAAACGUGCCGCUGUCUUUUCACAAGCUGGCAACUUGCCAUUGGCUUAUGCACUUGCGCACUCCAACGGGUUGGGCGAAUUUGCUCAACAGAUUUUGGAAGCUGCUGGUAUCGAUGUUGAUGAAAUUGAAUUGCCAGAUGACAUUUCCGAGCCAAUUGAAGUUUUGAAACCAACAAGAAAGUUAGGAAACUGGCCAGUCAAAGAGUCAGCUCCUUCCUUCUUCGAAAAGGCUAUGUUGGGUCAAUUGGAAGAUUUACAAUUGGAAGAUGCUGCCGAUCCAUUUGAUGAUGAUGAUAAUGAAGCUAAUGUUUCCAAGGGUCUUGGUGAAGCUGAGGACUUCUUUGAUGAUGAUGGAGCUGAAGAUGACAUGGGUUGGGAUGAUGAAGGCCUUGAGGUCAGUGAUGUUGAAGAGGAUGUUGAAAUUACUGAGGCUUCUUUAACGGAAACUGGUACCUGGGUUAAGAAUGCACCAUCUAAUGCUGCUGUUCACGUUGCCGCUGGUCAAUUCGACUCUGCUGCUCAACUUUUGCAUCGUCAAGUUGGUAUUGUCAACUUUGAACCAUUACGUGCCAGAUUCAUGGAGGUCUACCAAGCCAACAAGGUUUAUUUGGCAGGUAAUGAUGGAUUGCCUCCAGUCUUGUCGUACAUCCGCGCCGACCCAGAAGAAGACGAUGCUUCUAGACUCAAACCAUAUAUUCCAGGUUACGAUACCUUGGAAGCUAGUCUCCAGGAAGCGUUUAGACUUUUCCGUAGCAAUAAAUUAGAAGAUGCCAUCGAAGUCUUCCGCCAGGUUAUUUACACCGUUUCCGUGUUAGCGGUGCCUGAUGAAGAUGCCGAAGCUAAAUGUGUGGAAGCCUUACAUUUGUGUCGUGAAUACAUUUUGGGGCUUUCUAUCGAAUUGGCGCGUCGUUCGUUACCUGCCGAUGCCAUCCAACGUAACUUGGAGCUUGCAGCUUACUUCACCAAGGCUAAAUUGAAACCAGCCCACCGUAUGAAUGCUUUGCAAGUCGCCAUGACCCAAUCAUUCAAGCACAAAAAUUAUGCCACCGCUUCUUAUUUUGCCGGAGAGUUCCUCAAGAUUGUAUCCACCGGUAGUAGAGCUGAGCAAGCCCAAAAGAUCAAGGCCAAGGCCGAUACCAUUGCUCGUGAUGCCAUUGAAACCAACUUUGAUCCGUAUGCCGAUUUCACCAUCUGUGCUUCCACCUUAACUCCUAUAUAUAAGGGUUCUGCCUCAGUGAAGGAAUCGCUUGUUGGUGCCGAAUAUCAAGCUUCUGAAAAGGGUAAGGUUUGUAAAAUUACAGGUAUUUCAUUGAUUGGUGUUCCAGCCUCAAGUUUGCGUCUCGUGGCUUAA